AUGAUGGUGAAGAAAUGUUUCGUGCCAGGGUGUAUGAACGAGGCUGGGCAUUCAUGCAAAUGCUCUUCUCCUGAAACUUUAUUGUGUGGAGAGCACAUCGGGGAGCAUGUAAACUUACCUAAUAGAGCUCAUAAUCUUGAAUCAAUUUUUAUGCAGCCUUGUGAAGGGACAAAAGAAGCAAUUCUUGAAUUCCUUGCAAAAGAAAAUUCAAAAUUUAGCGAGUUGAGAAGAAAAAUUAUAGAUUCCUUUCGCCAGCGUCUUCCUAAUUCAGAGAAAGAUUUAGGAGAUUUCACUAAGUUGGAUUGCUACUUAGAUGAAAUAAAUGACCUCAUUGCAAAAAUUUCCCAAACUUCAAAAUUAUUAAAGUCAGAAGAUCCAAUUUUAGGAUUAUUGAGUUUACAGCCUCAAGAAGCUAUUGAGAAAGUUAAAUUGAUGACCAAAAACAGCAGAGAUUGAUACAACGGUGCAAAGCUAUUUAUUAUAUUCAAUCAAAAGUUAGAAAGCCUAAAUAGAUCAUUCUUUACAGAAAUAUGCGGGUCAUAUCUAGAUAAAAGUAAUAUGCAAAAUACUCCUGAAAUGCAUAAUAAAAAUAAAGCCGCAAGUGUAGCAAACGUUAACAAUUCGAUUUCCAUGAUUUCAAUGAUAAUAAAUGAGAACUGUGGAAGUUUAAAAAGGUCUGAAAAAGCAAGCAAGCCAAUAAAAUUGCUUAAUUCUCAAAUAAGCACUGCUUCUAAUGAUCUCAACAAUAAAUCCAAGGAAACAGAAAGUGCUUUAAGCGUCAUAGAUACCUUAAGAAAUAAAACAGCUGAGAUUUUGAGUAGACCGAACAAUCCAGAAUUAGAGAUAGAUUUCAGGACAACUUGUUCAACAAUACAGGCGAAUUCUAGUCUUUAUGACCCACCACUAAUGCAAGCUUACCAAGAUUAUCUCAAAGCAUAUCAACUAAAAACAUCUCUUUAUAAUCUUAGAGAAGAUAGCAAUGGAACUAACUUAAUUAUUAAUAACACUGAAACUGAAACCCAAGAAGUCAAAACCUUGCAGACUCCAGAACCACUAGACAAGACAACUUGCAUAACUCAACUUCCAAAUGGCAAGCUAUUCUGUUUUGGUAAUAAUAAACACUCAGGAAUUGCAGUGCUAAUUGAUGUAGAUGGUGGAGUCGAAGUGCUGCCAUCAGGAACAGAAAAAUGGUAUUUAUUUUUUAUAAUUUAGUACUCUCUCUUGCUCUAAAUAUUCUCUAAAAUGUUUCCACUCUCAAUUGAAUUUCAGCUAGAGAACUCAAUAUAACACUUCUUAAAAGAAAUCAGUAAGAAAUAGCACCCAUCUGGAACUCCUUGCUCUGGCUCAUCAUGUAAACUGUUUUUAAAGAAUGGUAAUUGCAUAUAGAUAAUCUUUCGAAACUGCAUAUUGAUUGGAUAAAUGAUAUGGUAUGUUCCCAAAUAUCAAUUCAUCUUUCUGGUGUUGGCGUUUUUAUGAAGAGAUUGCACAGCAGAGUGAAUAAAAGAUCCAAAAAUCUAUAUAGCCUAUUUUAUCUUUUUCUAAAGCCCAACAGAAAUUCAUUAUCAAUAUCCAUCUCUCAUCUCCUAAACUCUGUGAGAGCCUUCAAUAAAACAUCAAGUGAUCUAUAUCUAUUUCAACAACAGCAUCUAUUGCUUUGGAGGGAGAGAUGAAAAUGAUUAUGCUUUUACUCUAUCUAUUAGAUUUGAUUUGGAUCAAAUCGAUGAAUUCAAUUAA